GCGAGAAAACGAAUAAAACACACCAAUAACACAUCAAACUGAUCAAACUGCGUUAUUGAGACCUGUAUGGAAGAACCCAUGGAAGAAGAGAGCGGCGUAGAGCAUUUUGACAUAGGUACUUUUGUCCUUAACCACAAGAAACUGUGUCACCUGGUUAAACCAUUGAUAAAAUGGUAUGAACGUUUCCUAUUUGUGACCAGGUGGCAGUCGUGGCGGCUCACUUUUGUCAUCAUGUGGGUUACUGUUUACUUGUCUAUUAGUUAUCCAGGAUGUCUUGUCCAUAUACCAUUGGUUUAUGCAGCAAUUACAUUUGGCUUAUCUGGGAUUAGAAGGUUGGGAAAGAAAACUUUGAAAGCUGGUGAUUAUUUGAAAAGGAAGAAAGUUUGCAGGAAAGAUGAUGAUGUUCUGAAUUUAGAUGUUAAACUGGCAGCCAUGAAGGAAGCACAUGAUCAUCUGAAAGACUACAUCAAGAUCUCUGUGCAAAUACAAAUCAUAGAAGAAACCUCGUGUGAAUAUCUUGAAAAGUUUUACAGGAUUGUCAGAUGGGAAGAUCCUUCUGUUUCAAAGAGGUGCUUCCUCUUGCUCUUGUUGUCAGCAUGCAUUUUAUUUUUUCUCCCUGGAACAUAUCUUGUGACUUUUGGCCUUAUACUCACAUUUCUGGGCAACUCGGGCUUUAAUAAAGUUUUCAGGGAGGCUCAAGGGCAAUUCUGGCUUAGAGUACAGCGACUGAAGAAGAUUAGUUUAUCACGGAACUUUUGGAUUGGUUUGGUAAAUCCUUGGACAGAAAGCCCGAGAAAAACACAAACUAACUUAGUAGUAACAGAAAAUGAUAACGACGACGAAUGGCAUGAUGCACAUGAACAAGAGACAUCACUCUCCGAGGAUGAGAAUUACGAACAAGAGGAUGCCCCGUUAACGAAGAGAACUGCAAAACGUUUCUCUGGAUUGUCUGUGGUGACUCAUUUCAGCGACUACCGCAGGAAAAAAAAGCGCGUAAAUAGUGUAAACUGUGCGUCAUGCGAUGUCACCUUUUCUUCUCUGUUAAAGAAAAGGCAAUACUGCCGGCAUUGUGGAGAUAGCUUUUGCUCUCGCUGUUGCAGUAAGCGUGUUAAAAGGGCCGUGUUUGGAGCAACCGCACCGGCAGCAUACGAAGAGACAGUUCUAGUUUGUAACAGUUGCCAUUGCUACCUCAUGGACAAAGAAGAGGAAAAUAGGGCGGACAUUUGAUGAAUGACAAUGGAUUGUUUCGGAACCUGUUCAGGUGGUCGAUCGAGAGCCGUGGAUAUGAAGCUGUUACGCUUAGUGACUCGAGUAAGGGAGGUAACGGCUACUUGCUGUUUUAAGCGCUCUGUAUUAACGACGUGGAAGGUAUUACAAAAACCUAAUACCGGGAAAGAAAGGCGUGGACCAUAAUUCCUCAGGAGCACUUGUUGAUCGCAUUGCAAAUUUGAUGGAGCUGUGAUUCUUCACUUGAAAUCAGAGACGUUAUGAUAAAUUAUAACAAAAGUUAAAUCUCACUGUUUGGUCAAUUUCUUGUAGCCAGUACCACCACCGGUGGUGAAGUUGUGGUCAGUAAUUAGGUGCCCUCUGAUUAAACAAGUGAAAAUUCAGACUCGAAGAUUGUUUAUGUUUCAGGAUCCAUUACAUAUUUGGACAAGUCUAGAGACUUUCUUCGUUUACCGUUCUUAAAAAGGGAGAAACUUUUACGUCCGAUAUUAAGCACGUAAAAAGCUGAAGGCUUCUCGUCCAAUUAGCUUGUUUUGGGUGGAUGAAGACGAGAAUUAAACAAAAACUCUGGGCACGCCACAGUAGUGCCUGUAUAACUAUAGCCUUUUUUGUUGGACGCUUCAAUUUUUCCAACAUUUGGUCAAGUAUGCCUCUCUGCAGGCUCUAUUAAAGAUCAAUUACCCUUGCUUGCCGAAAGCAUUGGCUUCGAAAGAAUGAAGAGAGGAUCGAGACAAAAAGUUUCUCUUCGUGAGCAUAUUAAGUAAAAAUGAAACAGAGAUUUUAUGGCAAAGCAGGGGGGGUAUCUUCCACAAGGAGGUUUUUAAUGAAAGAUGAUAAGUGGUGUUGUUUCUCUUACAUGGCCCUAAUUUCUAAAGGUAUACUUAAGACUAACGCGAAAUAAAAGGGGACAAGGUUCCGUACAGUGUACAAUAGAAUAGGCUAUUUGAUUUAAAGUGAAACAAGCUUGAAUGAACCUUUGCCUCCAACACGACGCCGGCUUAAACGUGUUGAGAAGUACUAUUAUGUAAGAGGGUUUAUCUGACUCGAACUUUCCUUUGAAGUCCGGUCUUGAAAUAAUAUGAAAUUUGUAAGCGAGUAUUUAACGGAGAAUGAUAUACAAUUCCUACAUGUUCUCUUGUAAUGCUUAUCCUGAGCUGUUUACACUGGAUGGAGUUGGCUUAACAUGUUAGGGUGAAAACGUGUUAUAAUUAGAGUUUGCUUUAGUAAGUUGGUACAUAGUUUGUACCGUUUUAUGUCUUCGUGAUUUCAUCUGAAGUUAUGUAAUAUUACGCUAUUUUGAGUGCGUAUGCUGUUUAAAUUUCCAUACAUGUCAUGAAAAAUAUUCCGAUUUAGUAAUUGUUAUGAAAGGUACUUGCAGACGAAAAUGCUUUUUUCAACUCACCAAACACCUUUGGUCUUUUCUUAUCGGUAUAGAUGUUUUUCAAUUUGUUUUUAUUGCUCACAGGCUCACCAUCUCUGAUCGCAGUAAUAAGCAAAUUGAUUAUUGCUUGCUUUUGUUAUGCUCACCCGUGAACAUAGUACGAUAGCUUUUUUCGUGUUUUUUUAUUUAUGCUAUUCAAUGAAAAAAGUCGCGGCUUCGAAUGUGAGGUCGUUUGAGCUAUAAUGAUUAGAAUAAAGAUACAAAUUUUGAACAGUGUAAUUGAAGCAUUUAACAGCAUUAAGUCGUACACAAUGGGACAUUCUUGCGAAAGAAAUGCUUCCCCAGGGCAACCGUCAUGUUGUCUGUAUAUUUUAGCUCCGUGAAGCGCUUCUUGUUUUUCUUCUUUCUACAAUUUUUAACUUAAUUCAAAAUCCGUUUAACACAUGGAAGGUUUGUAGAUAUGUUACUGCAUUUACAGCGUUUUAAGACUGGUGUGUCUGGAUUUUGAAAUAGGAUUAUAUUUUUAAUUUGUUUGCCAAUUACCCAUUCUUUAUGUCCAAUAUUAGGAAUAAUAAAAGAAAUCUCAAAUUCA